AUGGCUUCACCAUCAUCAGAAGAAAUCAGAACCGCCCCAGAGGAACAGGAACCCCAACAAAACGUCCUAAUAGUAGGAGCAGGCCCUGCAGGACCAGCCACAGCCCUACGCCUAGCCCAAGCCGGCAUCAUGGUGGACAUAAUCGAAACAGAACAACAGCUAAGCGAAGAACCACGAGCAGUGACAUAUUAUGCCAGCGCACUGACAGCGCUGGACAAGAUGGGGAUUAUACCUGAUAUGAAGGAAGCGGUGUUUGUUUCUGCGAGGUUUUGCUUUGACAGCGCUGGACAAGAUGGGGAUUAUACCUGA